AGUACUAUCAGAGCUCUCUGUUACUAUUGUAUCUGGGUUAGAUUUAACACAACAACCAAUGAAAAAAAAGCUAAUCCUGGAAUUGUUCACGUGCUUCUGCUACAACAGGUGUGUUCGACUUCAUGCAGCGCCGGCGUCGCCUGCAGCCGCCUGCAGACCCAACCCAGUAUCACAUAAUUUCGUGAACCAGUCACGAAAAAGAAUCUAAUAUUUCGUGACAGGUUCACGAAAUUGGCACUUUUUUCGUGACUAUGUCACGUUUUUUCAACCAGUGCAUUUCAAUGGAGAGAAUAUUUCGUGACCUCGGCACGUUUUAAUUAACCAAUUCAUUUCAAUGGAGCAACACAAUGGGGAAGUGUUUUCGUGUUCAUUUAAGGUUUCGUUCUAAUUUUUAAGCGAUAAAAAACUGGUUCAUAAAAUAACUUGCCGUGUUCUUUUUUUUUAAGGGGUAGGUGAAAUAGGCAACGUAGCCUAUAGUUAAAUAUUAUGAACUCCACGCCACUACAUCUCGGAGAUUUGCCUAAUCCUGACGGUUUUCCACUCCCUCACACCUUACUUGAAUCAGGAAUCAGAAUCAGAAAGGAGAAAGGGUUUUAAUCGCCAUGAAAGUUGCACAGACAAGGAAUUCGCUUAGGCACGAAGGUGCAUACAUUCAACAUAGGAAUCUUAAAAAUGUAUAGGCUAUAUGAGAUCUAACUAUAGUAGGCCUAAAGGUACAUAGACUAGCAAUGCUUUGAAAAUAAAAUAUGCACAAACAUAUAAAGUUGCCCUAAUUUACAGUAGGCCUAUAAAAAUACAAGUAGGCCUAUUACAAAAAAAAUACCAAAAAAAUAUUAGGCUCCAUUUAUUAUAAUAACAUGCUAGCCUUACCUAUUAAAGCCUACUACUUAACUGAUCGGUGCUUUUACGUAUCCUUUACCACCCGUAUUUAACCGAUCUUCCCAUUUAUAACCAAGAAAGGACUUAACAAUAACCGAGAAAAGAUAGAAGAUGUCAACUAUGUCAUUCAUAAUGGAACGAGGCCUGGACAAGGAGAGCACGCGACCUGGCACGUGACCUGGCUGGUUUCCCUGGCUACAAUCUACCGCGCAAUUUUUACCUUCAGUGCGACUUCAUCCCCUUCCUGGUAAGUAGCAUAUAAAUGAACCUAUUCGAUUUCUCAUGUGAAGUUUACGUUUGAUGAAGUUGCUAGCCAUAAUUCCUCUGUUUAUCAACAAAACAUAGAAGCCCAACUGUAUUGCAAUUUUUGUAAAUGUAAAAAAAAAAAAAAGAACGGCAGUAUAAACAUUUAAGAACAGGAGGCAUAUUAGCUAGCUAUAGCUAGCAUUGUACAGUGCAUGCGUUGGCCAGCCUGCCAGAUUUGAGCGGGCUUAGCUAGUAAAUGUAGCCUAUCUAGUGUCUAGUGUAGCCUAUCUAGUGAUUUCCUGCUUGCAGGACUCGAAAUUUAGCAAGAUGAGCACCAGUAGUAGUCUGUAAUAUCAGGCAGAAUAGUUGACAUAAUUUCAGAUGGGCUGGUUAGACUAAGAAAAUCAAUGUCUUCUAUAACUACUUUUAUAUGCUCUUGUUCACUUCUUUUUUUAACCUUCUGUUGCAGCUCCAUUAAACCCAUUUGCCCUUCUCCAAAACCCACCACCUGUUUGAUACCAAACCAACCCAAAGGCUCUUUUAAGAACCACAUCUUUCUUUCCUGCUCUAUUGCUCUCUCUAUCUCUCUCUUUCUGUGUCUGUCUGUCCAAUGAUGGCGUCCCAACGUCCAUCAGAUAAUUUCAACCAAGGGGGCAGACUCACUGCUCUCUCCAUCAAGCAAAAACAUUUUUUAAGUGAAGUGAGGGUUAGUGCUUUUACAAUAAUUCUACAUUUAAGUUGCUAUGAAGUACCAUUAUACAGUAGCAUUUCAAUGAUCACAGUCAAACUAUAUUUUUCACAGAAACGGAGUGAUGGAGCAUCCGGAGAGGCUUCUCCACCGAUUAAAAGGGGAUGUGUAGUUGGUCCACGAGGCAAGCCUAGGGGAAGAUGUGGUGGGCGAAGGCAGGGCUCAACCACUGGAACUCCUUCCAGUGCAGAGGAAUCCUCUCCGGAGCUCCAAACUCAAGAAGAAUUUGACCGAAACAUGGAGAAACUUUCGGAAAUUCUGAAGUCUUGCCCAGUUGCAAUGCCAACGGAGUCCCCACAAACCUUUUCAUCUUGGCCCUCACGUCACCUGACAGCACAAGAGCAUUGGGAAGAAGCUCGGCCAUUUCACCUGAAAUGUCUUCUGGACUCAGAGGAUGUUGGCCAGGAACUGUGCUACAUCUGCCAGAAGACUGCUGUCAUACGGUGCAGAGAUUGUCUUCCUGAGGAGUGGCUGUGUGAGGCAUGUGAUGUCCACAUUCAUAAAAGAUGGCCACUCCACAACAGAGACAGUGUGGUAGAUGGAUUCUUCAGAGCCAUUCCUCCAUCCACCUAUCUAGCUAUUGGUGAAGCUGGGCACUACACCACCCAAGAGCAAGCUUGCAUUUUACCCACAGUGCGUGCUCCUAAAUUGUGUUCCUGUGAGGUCGCCAACGUCACUGUGUUGGCUGGAAGAGCAGUAAUCCUCAUUACCAUGAAUGGACGUUAUGACUUGCACAAACCUGUGUAUUUGUGCAAUAUCUGUAUGCAAAAGUGGACCCCAGAAGUCAGGGACCUGAUCAAAAGUGGUUAUUGGCCAGCUACAACACUUUCACAGACCCUAUACUCUGUUGACCUCCUAAGCUCAUUCCAGGAGCUGAAGGGGAUCUCUCCAGGCUUGUCCAGGCAGGCCUUCACAAAAUUGCUUGAACAUCGCACACAGCGUGCUGGAAGAUCUGGUCAAAUCAACGGGGAUGCACUGCAGCGGAGCUUUCUGGAGUUUAUGUACUGUUCCUUUCAGAAAGAGCAGCUCUGCUGUGUGACCCCAUUCACCUGUCCAGCCUGCACACCACAAACAGUUGCCGUGUCAGUGGAUGGUAACCGUAAGCUUUACCGCUUUCAGCGAUCAGGAAGCUCUGAUGAAGCUGCAUUUUUUGAUGGGCUGUUCCUUGCAAAGGACAGAGAGGUGGCAUGUUUUGUUGACCUCAUCCACAGUGCUGUAAAAAGUACUCAAGGGAGGGGCACAUGUGGUACCUCACAGUGGACAGCCGCAAGGGAGACUUCCAGGAGGGCCAACAAGCUGGAUGAGGAAGGUGUUGAGGUGGCUGUGUGUCGCCACGGAUAUUUGCUGAAAGGCCUCAGCAUGUACAGGGGGGAGAUAUUUGCAUACCCACUGUAUCUACAGAAAGAGCUACAUGCCACCGAAAAUAUCAGGUUCUUUGCAAUGGACGUUGCUUGCAAAUACUGGCCCUACCUAGAAAAGGUGGCUGGUGUUGUGUCAUCUCUCCAGGGGCUCCUUGAUAUGAAGCCCUUCCUCAGCAUCAUGCAUGCGAGAGCCCAUGCCACAAAGUGUGAGAUCAAAUGGAGUGGAAGGAACCAGAGCGGAGCAGGCACAACCGCCGGUGAAGAAGUUGAGCAAGUCAACAGUUUCCUCUCCCGUUGUGCCCUGACAACCAAGUACAUGUCCAAAUCAGCACGUGUGGACAUGCUGACGGUCCAUGCUAUGGUGUGGAACAGGUACAAGGGUGAAACUCUUCACCAGGCCCUCUCCACAAGAUAUGUGAAGACUUGUCAAAGGGCUGUGGUUGAGGCAGCAAAACUGUCCGAGCUCAAGGUGGAGCUACAUUGCUCCGACCAGUUGGCACUGGAGUGGGUUGCUGAUGUUCAGGAUUGGGCAGUAAGCGGUAAGGAUGGCACCCCUCCCGUGAGCCCUUUUUUAGGGAUAAUCUGUGUUCUAGGCAGCAGCAAGUGUCCAUUGCAACAAAAAAGAGGAUGCAUGAUCAACAUAUGCUGACCACACGCCUGCAAGAGGAGAGGACGAUCCUGGUCUGUGAGAUGGCCCAACACUGCACCUGGCUGAAAAACCUGUCCUCUGUCCUCAGUACAAAGAUUGCAGAGGAGGGGGAGGAAAAUAAUGGACUACGUUGUCUACUGCAACUAAGACUGUCAGAAGUGGAGGGAAGAUUGCAGCUGGUUCGCCAGUACUACAAGGCAGCUGUAGGUCAACAGGCCUUUCUACUUGGCGAUGUGGGAGAGGAAGAGGAAUGUGACAGGGUGGGCAGCGAUGAAGAGAGUGAGGAGGAAGAGGCUAAAGAAGAUGUAAGCUGCUAAAAGAUGAGGGGCGGUGGUAGCAGACAAUGUGGAUGGACUGUCCCCUAGAAGAACUAUCUCUGUUCAAAU